UUAUAGCAACAACGAUGGUAGCGGUAUGUAUUCUCGGGGACACUUUGCUUCGUAAUGGUCGUUCCCAACUCUAAACCACAAUGAAAACGUCAAGCACUUGACGACGCUCCUCGCUCCAAAACACCCCCAUCACUCCAGAUCUCUGCUCCUAAUGUUUGCAUCGCUUAGGUUUAAACCCAUCUUCAAGAUAUCGAGCUAGAGAGAGCUCCAAGAAGCUUAAACUCUGUAUAUAACAGUGAAAUCCAUAACUAUACCAUCCACAAAAGGACGCUUAGCUAAUCGCCACCAUCCCCCACCACGAGCUUAAACCCUCUUCUCUCUCUCUCUCCCUUACCCUUUUCUUCUCGGUUAUGUUAAAGCUGGGAUGCAUCCAAAAGGCAUAGCUUCGGCGUAGUUAUAUUAUAAAAUUCAGAUAGACAGAGAAUAAUAAAGGUGGAAAGAGGGAUUCGAUUAGAUUACUACUUAGGACUUGGGAGCUCGUGUUGGGUUUGAGAUUUGAGACUAGCCCUCUAAGGAAUCCCAACGCCGCUGUCUCAAUCUUUACACCGUUAUCUGUUUGGGACAUUGCUCCAUUCCUUCUCUGCUUAAAGCCUCUUCUUCGUCCUCUUUGAUUCUUCAUCUAUGAAGCAUUACAUCGAACACCUUACACGCACUUUCAUCAUCCCCCCAAGAACCAGAACCAGAACCAGAACACUUGAUGGCUGCUUGUGCUUUGCUGGGUGACAAUGGCGACCAUGUCAGCGGCAAUGGAAGCAAUAACAACAACAGCAGUGCUAGCCACAGCCCGUUGAAUUCCACCAGCCAAGGAAGCAGCGUAGUCGAGCAGCAGAACCCGGCUCGGUCGAAAAUGGUGAGGAAGAGAAUGGCUUCCGAGAUUGAAGUGCAGCCCACCAACAACACCAACUCAAUCAGAAUUAGCAGCAGCAACAAUAACGGUGAUAAUUAUAUGAGAGUUUCGCGUAAUCGGAGCGUUAUGCUAAAUCCAAACCCGACCCAUGACAAAGUGAAUAUGGUCUCCAACUACUCCACCACUAUGCUCAAUCUACCAGUACCAUCAUCUUCCAACAAUUUGACCACGCUCAUGACGUCAGGAGGUGGUGGGGUUUUAUCAACUGCUUCCGCUUCUUCUUCCUCUCCAAGCUGGGGUCCUAUAGAUCCCUUGUCGCUCCAUCACCCGAUUCACCAGACACAGAUCGCCGCAGCAACCACUCCUCCUCCCGCCGUCUGCGGCUUUUCGGGGCUCCCUCUCUUCCCACCGGAAAGAACUUCUCCUCCGAAUCAUACUAGCACCACGCUUUCUACCGUCAUGGAUCAAGACAGCCCCGCCACCGCCUGGAUCGACGGCAUCAUAAAAGACCUCAUCCACAGCUCCACCAACGUCUCCAUUCCUCAGCUCAUCCAGAACGUCAGAGAGAUAAUCUUCCCUUGCAAUCCCAACCUCGCUUCGCUGCUCGAGUACCGCCUCCGCUCCAUAUCCGAGCCGCCCCCGCCUCCGAUCCCUAUCUUCAACAGAAGAAGAGAGCAAGGUCCCGGGCUGCAGCUGAAUCUCGACUCUAACUCCUCCGGCAUAAAUGACGUCACUGCAGUUUUCCCUUCUUCAACUACCAGCGGUCACUCUGGUCAUCACCAUGUGAUGAACCAGGAGUUGUUUUUGAACUGGGGAGACACCCUACCCCAACAACAACAGCAGCAGCAACAACCCAACCCUACAUCUUCCCCUACUUGCAACGAAAGCAACAUCCAGGUUCAACAACACCACAUUUCCCAGGCGGUUCACCCACAACAACAGACACUAGAUAAGCAGCAGCAGCAACAAAACACUCCAUCCCCGGCCGCCGAGUCUACACAAACCACCACUGCACCACCACCAUCUACAACAGCCCCAGCCACGCCGUCCCCGGCGGUACUAAUGCGAGAGAAGAAAGAAGAGAUGCGGCAGCAGAAGCGAGACGAAGAGGGACUGCACCUGCUCACCUUACUCCUCCAUUGCGCCGAAGCUGUGUCCGCAGAUAACUUUGAAGAAGCAACCAAAAUGUUACUCGAGAUUUCCGAGCUCUCAACCCCGUUCGGCACCUCCGCGCAGCGCGUGGCGGCCUACUUCUCCGAGGCCAUGUCAGCGAGACUAGUCAGCUCCUGUCUCGGAUUCUAUGCCUCCCUCCCGGUCUCCUCCGCUCCCAUCACCCACUCCCAGAAGCUCGUCUCCGCCUUCCAAGUCUUCAACGGAAUCAGCCCGUUCGUGAAGUUCUCCCACUUCACGGCGAACCAAGCCAUCCAGGAAGCAUUCGAAAGAGAAGACCGGGUGCACAUAGUAGAUCUCGACAUAAUGCAAGGCCUACAAUGGCCGGGGCUGUUUCACAUUCUCGCCUCCCGGCCCGGUGGGCCGCCCUACGUCCGCCUCACCGGUCUUGGAACCUCCAUGGAGGCUCUAGAAGCCACCGGAAAACGCUUAACCGACUUCGCCGACAAGCUAGGGCUUCCGUUCGAGUUCUUUCCGGUGGCGGAGAAGGUAGGCAGUUUGGACCCUGACCGGCUCAACAUAAGCAAGAGAGAGGCCGUCGCCGUCCACUGGCUGCAGCAUUCUCUUUACGACGUCACCGGCUCCGACGCCAACACGCUCUGGCUUUUGCAGAGAUUGGCACCAAAAGUAGUGACGGUAGUGGAGCAGGACUUGAGUCACGCCGGUUCAUUUCUAGGGAGGUUUGUGGAGGCCAUACACUACUACUCGGCCUUGUUCGACUCUUUGGGUGCAAGCUACGGUGAAGAGAGCGAGGAGAGGCACGUCGUGGAGCAGCAGCUUUUGUCGAGGGAGAUUCGGAAUGUUCUAGCCGUGGGAGGCCCGUCGAGGAGUGGAGAAGUGAAGUUCCAUAACUGGAGGGAGAAGUUCCAGCAGAGUGGGUUCAGGGGGAUUUCUUUGGCGGGAAAUGCAGCGACUCAGGCAACCUUGCUGCUUGGGAUGUUCCCUUGUGAUGGGUACACAUUGGUGGAGGACAAUGGGACUCUUAAGCUUGGUUGGAAGGACCUUUGUUUGCUGACUGCUUCGGCUUGGAGACCACCUUAUCAUGCUACUACCAACCCCAACCUUCACUACUGAGCUUCUGUUUGAAUGUCUUAUUUGUAAUCCGUUGCCCGGUUUUAAUUUUUGUUUAGUUGAAAUCCAUCUAUUAGGAGGUUUUUGGAAGAAAAUUCGGUUUCGGGUUUCA